AACCCACUCCCAAUGCUUUGAAUUAAAUCCCAAUCUUGGCCACCUCUAUUGCAUGCUCUCUCUCUCUCUCUGUUUUCUCUCACAACAAAAGCAAAGGAAAAGAAUUUGUUCAAUUUUCAUGGCGGUUGAAGCACGGCGGAUGAAUCUUCUACCUUCUCCCUUCACCACCAGCAGAGAUUUUACGAAACCCAAUGAAGGAGAGGCCGAGAGUGGGGUGACCUGCAAUUUCCCGGCCAGGAAACGACCCAGGCGCCCGGUUUACGAUGAACCCGCCGCCGCUCGCCCGGUUUCCGGUUUCUUCGAUGAACAAAUCCUCCACCACCACUACUCCGAGAUGGACCGCUUCAUCGCCAUCCACACGGAAAAAGUGAGGAUGGAAAUGGAGGAGAGGAAGAGGAGGCAAUGUUGGAUGCUGGUAUCGGCAAUAGAAGAGAGAGUGGUGAGGAAGGUGAAGGAGAAAGAGGAGGAGAUAGCGAGGAUGGGGAAAUUGAACUGGGUUUUGGAAGAGAGGGUGAAGCAGUUGUGUCGGGAGAAUCAGCUAUGGCGGGACCUGGCCGAGACCAACCAGGCCGCCGUCAACUCCCUUCGGACCAAUCUCGACCACCUUCUCCACAUCGCCGCCGCCGGCCGAGACCGAGACCAAGAACAAGACGACGCCCAGUCCAGCUGCGCCACGUCGCCCACCGACGACCGCCGCUCUUGCCGGAAAUGUGCCGCCGGGGACUCCACGGUGUUGGUGUUGCCAUGUAGGCAUCUUUGCUUGUGUACAAUGUGUGGGUCCACUCUUCAUACUUGCCCUCUCUGUAAUUCUGCCAUCAAUGCCACCAUACAUGUUAAUUUCUCUUAAUUCAAAAUUUUUUUUGUUCUUUCUUGGCUCAAAA